AGGAGCCGACGGGGCAAAACGUCGGUGUUUUCCACGGUCCGGUCUGGCAAGUAACCUUGAUCCUUUCGCGAGUCGUCGUACGUGACAGCCGUCCGUUCGGGUGGACCGGUUAGUGUCGAUCGAGACAUCGUCGAGGCAGCAGGCGGGUUCCCUGGCAGUUUUUUAUACGAGUUCCCGACACGUUCCCUGUGUGCGACAGGAUGAAAACGUUCGUCCACGUUCUUCUCGUUGCGGCGUGCUUUGUCGCGUGCGCACGCGGUUUCCCAAGUGGAUUCGAUUCGUCUGAGGAGGAGGAUUUCGACAGUGUGGGCUUCAACUUGGCUAUGCCUAACUUCUUUUCUGAUUCUUUUCGGGAUACCAUCAACGGGCUUAGGCAAAGACUCCUGAACUACUUCUGGAAUAUGCCCGACAUUACGGACAUCAAGAUUCCCGAUGGGGCGAACACGACAUCCACAACUAAGAUCAUCAACGGCCACGUGGUGACGAUCAACGAGACGACUUACACGAGCGGCGACGAGCUCGGCGGCACCGCAUUCCGCAUUCGUAUAGUCGACGUGAAGCCGCUGAACGACACCGAGACGAUCGAGGGAAAUACCGGCGAGCCGGCGGUGAGGCCGGAGUCGCCGGAGAGCCGUGAGACGGUCGAGGAUUUCAACAACGAGAUUUCGAAGAACACGGAAACGCUGACCGCCUAACAGGCGGUCGGCCCGCUCCGCGAGACACGCCGGCGAUCUUCGGCGGUGUCCGGGUGGAUUUCCGGGUGGAGAGGAAGAAACGACCUUUAUAACGUGGCUGUAGUAGAGUAACUUCGACGCCACACACCGCGGUGUGCGUCGCGUUAAAAUAUAAAGCAUUACUGUAAUAUAUACAUAUAUAUCUAUAAAGUUGUGUUUCUGUUAUUUCCUAUCGCUUCUCGAUAGUAUAUGUAUACGUUUACCUGCGUCUCUCCGGGAAAGAAAGAGGAGAUCGCCGUUGUCAAAAAGGAUAAACUGGAACAUUUGUAAAUACAUGAAUAACACAAAUAGAGAAGGUUAAUUAGUUUCAGUUAAUUGUGAUAAUUUGAUUUUAAUUAAUUGAUUGAAAGCUUUUAAGUCAUUGCGAAUCAGAUUAAAAUUCUCAGUUAUACGUGAAAUUAAAAUAGAUGAGAUUUAAAGCUCAAUGCGCAUUUACAUUUUUCAGCCGAAUAUUUUAUUCUGAAAAUAGUUGAAUUUUAUACGUAUUGCGACAUAUACGCUUUAUUAAAAGACACGUCCACCGGCGAUUGAUAUGGAAAUAAAAUGUUGUUGUGUGUGAUUUCUUGUAUUUUUUUUUCAGAUUAGUUACUUGGACCCCCUUCUAAUUUAUAUCUAAUAUUCGUACACGUUAAUAUGUAUAUCCAACAACAUUUCGAAAUGGCGUUAAAGAUUUUUAUAUAUUUUGUAAAUUAGCAGAAAUAAACAUAAAAGUGGUAUGCGUGCGAUAAUUAACCCGUAAUAUUUAAUAUAUGUCCAAUUUAUAUAUUUCCUGUAUGUAAUUCUCGCGUAUCUCGUUCUGCCUUACAUAUAUGAAUGCCGCAGCAAAAAAGGUGAAAGCAUCGAUACUCGGAGCCACACAGCUUCGUGUAUCAUUCACAUAUCACGCCGGUUUACUGGCUAACACACAGUCGUAUUUAUAUAUACAUAAAUAUGCAAGGCCAUUUUGUAAUAACUAAUUAUACCGCUCUAUCGUCAAGCGGAAUAUCUGCGCCAGUCCAGUUUGUCACGUUUCACGCGACCAAAUACGAAUAUGAAUAUAUAUAUAAAUUAUUGCUGUAUCGCAUUAGCAUCGCAGACAGCAUGCGUGUUUGAAAUCGGAACGUAAGACGAAUCUUAUGAUGUAGUGUCUAAAAGGCGGGUUACGUCCCGAUUUUGAAGUGCUGUCUGAGAUAAUGCUUUAUACGCUCGUGAAACGACGCGAAAAAACUUCCUGUGAAAGAUUGCACAAAGCUGAUAUUUAAUAAAUCUGUAAUUUCGUAUGCAUA